AUGAACUUUGCUCUGGGAUUCAAACCCCCAGCAGCAGCAGCAGGCAGCUCGGGUCCCGGUGGUCCCGGUCCCGGUGGUCCCGGUCCCGGUUCUGGCAGCGGAGCCACGAUGGAGAACCUGGAGAAACAGCUGAUCUGCCCGGUGUGUCUGGAGAUGUUCUCUAAGCCGGUGAUCAUCCUUCCCUGCCAGCACAACCUCUGCCGCAAGUGUGCCAACGACAUCUUCCAGUCAGCUAAUCCUCUGUGGCAGUCUCGCAGCGCUGCCAGCGUUGCCGCGGGCAGCGGUCGUUUCCGUUGUCCGUCGUGUCGCCACGAGGUGGUCCUGGACCGUCAUGGCGUCUACGGUCUGCAGAGGAACCUGCUGGUGGAGAACAUCAUCGACAUCUACAGACAGCAGGAGUCUGCCAGGUCACACUGACAGCAGCAGCAGCAGCAGCAGCAGCACGUUCUGUGUGACGAACAUGAAGAAGAGAAGAUCAACAUCUACUGUCUGUCCUGCCAGACGCCGACCUGCUCCAUGUGCAAAGUGUUCGGGAAGCACAAAGACUGCGACGUGGCUCCGCUCAGCAGCGUCUACGAGAGACAGAAGAGCGCCACAGACAUACUGGAAAAGAUGUCGGUGACAGCCGGAGCCUCGAGUGCGGAGCGUCCGGAGCUCGGUUACGAGGACAUGAGUCACUUUGUGGUCGAUACGGACGAGCUCGCCGUCAUGCUGAGCAACAUCGAGUUCUGCUCCGGUUUGGGGAACAACAGAGACGAAGAUCCAGAAGAAGAUUCAGAGCUGGACUUCUGCUCCAGAUAUUAA